AUGGGGAGGUUAAAUUUCUUAGUUUCACUAACUCUGUUAGUGACCAUUCAAGUUCUACAACCUCCAAUAUAUGUUUGUGCUGCAGCUACCAAAGGAAAGAAUUUUAUAACAGUUUUGAGCAUUGAUGGAGGUGGAAUCAGAGGCAUUAUUCCUGGAACCAUUCUUGCCUUUCUUGAAUCCAAGCUUCAGGAGCUUGAUGGAGCAAAUGCAAGGAUUAUAGACUAUUUUGAUGUAGUAGCAGGAACAAGCACAGGUGGAUUAAUUACUACUAUGCUCACAGCUCCAAACAGAGAUAAUCGCCCUUUAUAUGCAGCUAAAGAUAUUUCCAGCUUCUACAUGGAACACUGCCCUCACAUCUUUCCUGCAAGCCGCCGUAACAGCUUCGUGCAUAGGAUAUUCAAUUUUUUUGGAGGACCAAAAUACGAUGGGAAGUACUUAAGAUUAUUGGUUGAAUCAAUAUUAGGCAACCUUACUAUGAAGCAGACAUUGACUCAUACAGUCAUCCCUGCUUUUGAUAUCAAGCGUCUUCAACCAAUUAUCUUCACCACUAUUGAUGCCAGAGCAAAUUUGUCUAAGAAUGUUUUAUUAUCAGACAUCAGCCUCAGUACUUCUGCAGCACCAACCUUUUUUCCGGUACACUAUUUUGAGAGUAGGGAUGCUCAAGGGAGAAUACGCACAUUUGAUAUGAUUGAUGGAGGUGUAGCUGCAAAUAAUCCAACACAAAUGGCAAUUACACACAUUUCAAAAGAAAUCAUGAGAGGCAAAUUUCAGUAUGUAGAGAUGGAAACAAUGGACAGCAAGAAGAUGUUGGUUCUAUCAUUAGGCACAGGUAUUGGCAAGCACCAAGGAUAUACCGCAGCCUCAGCUUCAAAAUGGGGUUUACUUGGUUGGGUUUAUAACAAUGGUCAGACCCCAAUAUUAGAUGUUUAUAACGAUGCAAGUGCUGAUAUGGUGGAUAUACAUGUUUCAACUAUGUUUCAGACACUUCGCAGUGAAAAGAAUUACCUCAGAAUUCAGGAGGAUAAUUUGAUUGGGGAUGCAGCAUCAAUGGAUAUAGCAACCACAAAAAAUAUGCAGAAACUUGUGCAGAUUGGUAACAAUCUAUUGAAGAAGCCAGUGUCAAGGGUCAAUUUGGAGACAGGCCAAUAUGAACCAGUUCAAGGGGAAGGCACAAAUGAAGAAGCUCUAAUCCAUUUUGCUAAGUUGCUUUCACAAGAAAAGAAGCUUCGAUACACCAACUGA